CCCUCAGUAAAAAAGAUACUCUGUUUUGUAAGGCUGAAGCACGGAGGACAAAAGACUGCACCACAAGGUUCACUGCUCAUCGUACUGUGACUGACGUGAACGCUGUGGGCCGAGUCUCCCACUUGCUUCUUGAGGAUGGACGCUGCAUUGCAAGUUGGGUCCCUAUAACAUCGUCCUCCAUUCAGGUCACUUGAAGACAACUCAAAUGCUGCAAUAACCAUGGGUGCGGUUUCCAGAUUUGUGGUUCUUCUCACUCUGAUUCAUCUGAUUUUGCAAGUCUCAGCUCUAAAUGUCCUCUCUUCAGGCUUCUCUCUCUCAGCAGAUCGCAGCUCCGAUGUACUCCGUUCGCCAGAUGGUACGUUCAGCUGUGGCUUCUACAAAAUCUCCCCCAACUCAUCCACCUUCUCCAUUUGGUUCUCCAAAGUGUCUGAAAGAACUGUUGUAUGGAGUGCAAAUCCUCUCCGCCCUGUGUACACCUGGGGAUCAAAGGUCAAGUUAAAUUUCGAUGGGAGCAUGGUUCUAAGGGACUACGGUGGCCAGAUUGUGUGGACCAACAACGUGAGCUCCUCAAAUGCAGAACAAGCUCAGCUCUUAGACACUGGGAAUCUCAUCGUGAAGGGCAAAGGUGAUACCAUUCUAUGGCAAAGCUUUACUUCUCCUACUGAUACCUUGUUACCCACUCAGAGGAUUAAUGCUACCAUCGAGCUCGUGUCCACUAAUAGAUUGCUUGUUCCUGGCCACUAUGGCUUACAUUUUGAUGAUCAGAUGCUGAUUUCACUAUUUGAAAAUGAAAAGGAUGUCUCAUUCAUCUAUUGGCCAGAUCCAUAUUCGACUAUCUGGCAAAAGCUAAGGAUACCUUUUAUGAUCAACACAAGUGGUGUUCUAGACAGCUUGGGGCAGUUCUGGGGAAACGAUAACGCUUUUUUCAUGGCUGCUGACUGGGGUAGUCACAUUAUAAGAAGGCUAACGUUGGAUUAUGAUGGCAAUCUCAGACUGUAUAGUCUGGACGAUAAUGGAACAUGGUCAGUCACAUGGAUGGCGUUUCCACAGCUCUGCAAGGUACGUGGUGUAUGCGGCAGAAAUGGAAUAUGUGUGUAUACUCCUGUGCCAAUCUGUGUAUGCCCCCCUGGUUUUGAAGUCAUCGACCAAAGUGACUGGGGUGAAGGCUGCAGACCAAAGAUCAAUAUAACUUGUGAUGAGCAAAAGGUGAAAUUUGUUCAUCUACCCAACACUAACUUCUUCGGGCAAGAUCUAAGUGCUCACCGUUCUGUCUCUCUUAACUUCUGCAAGCAGAUAUGUUUGAGUGACUGCAAUUGUAAUGGGUUCUCAUACUUUCAAGGACUUGGUCACUGCUACCCGAAGGCUAUUCUACUAAACGGCAGAAGUCUAGAUGGUAUCGGUAGCAUGUACCUUAAAAUCGCAAGGGACUUAGAAGUAUCUGGGUCCUCAAUUCCUCGGUCACAAGUUUUUGGUCCUAAAUAUGGGCCAAACUGCAGUGCAGCAAAUGAAUAUGUCAUUGCAUACUUCUCCAAUAUGAAUAAGGCCAGUCAGAAUAUAUUAAAGUAUUUCUAUUUCUACGGGUUUUUAUCAGCCAUAUUUGUAGCAGAGUUAAUAUUUAUUGUAUUAGGAUGGUUUAUUUUGAGAAGGGAGAGAGGACAACUCAGAGGAGCAUGGCCAGCUGAGGCAGGCUAUGAAAUGAUAACAAACCAUUUCCGAAGAUAUACCUACAGAGAGUUAGUGAAAGCUACUAGAAAAUUUAAGGAUGAGCUUGGAAGGGGAGCAUCAGGCAUCGUGUACAAAGGAGUUUUGAAAGACAAUAGGGUUGUAGCUGUGAAAAAAUUGGAAGAUAUAAACCAAGGUGGAGAAGAAUUCCAGCAUGAACUAAGUGUGAUUGGCAGGAUUUACCAUAUGAAUCUAGUGAGAGUUUGGGGAUUCUGUUCUGAUGGUCCACACAGGAUAUUGAUUUCAGAAUAUGUGAAGAAUGGCUCGUUGGAAAAAACCUUGUUCGCCGUCGAAGGCUCAGAAAUCUUACUUGAAUGGAAGCAAAGGUUUAAUAUUGCCUUAGGCGUGGCAAGAGGAUUGGCGUAUCUUCAUCAUGAGUGCUUAGAGUGGGUCAUCCACUGUGAUGUCAAGCCUGAAAAUAUACUGCUGGAUGAGAACUUGGUGCCAAAGAUCGCUGACUUUGGCCUCGCGAAGCUCUUGAACAGAGGUGGAUCAAAUAUAGAUGUUUCUCGGAUCCAAGGAACUAGAGGUUAUUUAGCUCCUGAAUGGGUUUCUAGUCUCCCAAUAACCGCAAAGGUAGAUGUUUACAGCUUUGGAGUGGUGCUACUGGAACUACUAAAGGGAGCAAGAAUUUCGGACAUGGAAAAUAAUGAGAAUGAGGAGGUGGAGAUGGUCCUUGGAAGGAUAGUCAGGAUGCUUAAAGAGAAUUUGCAGUUGGAUGGCACUGAACAAUUUUGGAUCCCCGACUUUAUUGACAGUAGACUGAAUGGCGACUUCAACUACUUGCAAGCAAGAACAAUGAUUAAGCUAGCUGUUUCAUGUCUGGAGGAAGAUAGAGGCAGAAGACCAACUAUGGAAAAUGUGGUGCAGACGCUUGUUUCAGUUGACGCUGUCAGCAGUGCAACUAAAAUGGGAGGAGUUGCUUAUUAAAAGCCUGCGUCCAAAUGGUUCUUUGUACUAAGGGCCAUGCAAACAAUACAUUGAUAGAAAAUGGUAGUUCUAUCAGAUAUGCAGUAUCUGUUGUAAGUAUGUGUGCUAUAGCACCGUAAAAUUUGCUCCAGUGUGCUUUACAGAUAUCUGAUUGUAUCACCUUGUACUUCUACGGAUUUUUAUAAGCAAUAAUUCUGUCCGAGCUAAUGUGUGUUGCAUUAGGAUGAUUUAUUUUGAGGAACUAGAGGUUAUUUAGCACC